AUGGCAUCCCAAGGAUCGCGAAUCUUCAAGAUAUUGGGACUAGUCCUGGCCAUUGGUUGCUUCUUGGAAUCUGGAAGCGCCUUCCAAACCAUUGGGCUACCCGCAUCAAGGUGUUCCGUUAUCCCACCCUUUAAGAAGCAACUGCCAUUUCUUACCCAGCUUGCGUCAUCGGAUCCAGAUGAGACUGGAUUUCCAGAAGUAUCUCGACCAGAUCCAUCUAUUCUCGUUUCCGCAAAAGAUGAAGACACCCAGAAACGCGCAGUAAUUGGCAUCGGCGCAGGAAUACUAGCUGGAACUGUUGUGAUUGUCAAUAUCCUAAACUUUUUCGAUGACAUUUUGCCGUUUGGAUUUCUCGACUCUGUCCUUGGAUUCCUCGUGCCAGUUCCAUUGGGAUUGCUCUUUGCUUUUGUUGGUUACACUCACUUUUCCGAAAAAGAUGCCUACGCGGAGAUUGUCCCCCCGAAAGGAACCUGGGGUGGCCUUUGGCAAAUACCGGCACCCAAGUCUGAAGAGCUGGGUUUAUCCUAUUCGGAAUAUCAUGUCCUUUGGUCAGGAAUUGCGGAAAUCGGAGGAGGUAUACUAUUUGCGUUGGGAGGAAUUGGCGCUUUCCCUAUUCAGAUUAGUGCCUUUCUCAUGUUCUUACUGGUUGCGGCUGUUACCCCUGCCAAUAUCUACAUGUUCACACAUGAUGCUCAGUUGUCCAUUGCUCCCCCAUUCCCUUAUCCCGAGGGUCACAUCUUUCGAGCUGUCAUGCAAUCCGUCGUGCUAGCAUUGUUCUGGCAUUUCAUUUUCGUAUAUUGA